AUGGUUGUGUCUGUGGUUGGGCCUUUGGUUGUGUCUGUGGUUGUGUCUGUGGUUGUAUCGGUGGUUGUAUCGGUGGUUGUGUCUGUGGUUGUGUCUGUGGUUGUGUCUGUGGUUGUGUCUAUGGUUGUGUCUAUGGUUGUGUCUAUGGUUGUGUCUGUGGUUGUGUCUGUGUUUGUGUGUGUGGUUGUGUCUAUGGCUGUGUCUGUGGUUGUGUCUAUGGUUGUGUCUGUGGUUGUGUCUGUGGUUGUGUCUAUGGUUGUGUCUGUGGUUGUGUCUAUGGUUGUGUCUGUGGUUGUGUGUGUGGUUGUGUCUGUGGUUGUGUCUGUGGAUGUGGAUGUGUCUGUGGUUGUAUCUGUGGUUGUGUCUGUGGUUGUAUCUGUGGAUGUGUCUGUGGUUGUAUCUGUGGUUGUGUCUGUGGAUGUGUCUGUGGAUGUGUCUGUGGAUGUGUCUGUGGAUGUGUCUGUGGUUGUGUCUGUGGAUGUGUCUGUGGUUGUGUCUGUGGAUGUGUCUGUGGUUGUGUCUGUGGUUGUGUCUGUGGAUGUGUCUGUGGUUGUAUCUGUGGUUGUGUCUGUGGUUGUAUCUGUGGAUGUGUCUGUGGAUGUGUCUGUGGAUGUGUCUGUGGUUGUGUCUGUGGUUGGGCCUUUGAUUGUGUCUGUGGUUGUGUCUGUGGUUGUAUCGGUGGUUGUGUCUGUGGUUGUGUCUGUGGUUGUGUGUGUGGUUGUGUCUAUGGCUGUGUCUGUGGUUGUGUCUAUGGUUGUGUGUGUGGUUGUGUCUGUGGUUGUGUCUAUGGUUGUGUCUGUGGUUGUGUGUGUGGUUGUGUCUGUGGUUGUGUCUGUGGAUGUGUGUGCUGUGGUUGUAUCUGUGGUUGUCUGCAGCAGCUGA